AUGGCCUCGGAGCAUACCAUCACCCAAGCCUUAUUGGAAUGGAUCAAUAGUUUCGCUCUGGGCAAGACGAUCCGCACGACAGAAGAAUUGUCUGACGGAACUAUCAUCUGGGAGAUUUUACAAGACAUCGACCCGCAGUAUUUCCUGGAUGAGAUCCCCGAACAAAGCCCGUCUGACCACUGGGGUUCGAAGUGGCAGAAUCUAAAACACAUACAUAAACUUCUAAUCAACUAUAUUCGACAGCAACCUGAUGGUUUGCCUUCUGGGCUGGAUCCGGAGCCGAACCUCGAGCAGUUUGCGAAAAAGAACUCGGUUAAAGAUGCCAACAAACUCCUGAAACUCCUCCUGAUCGCCGCCAUCCGAUCCCCCAACGCGCAAACCUACGUGGAGACCUUACAGACUUUGAGCACGCCCACACAGGAGGGCUUGAAAAAUAUCUUUGAGGAGGCUCAGAAUGGCGAGCUUGAACCUCUGGAUGGGGCUGACGAAGCUCAUGAGGCCAGGGAUACCACCGCGGUUGUUGACCCCGAGCUGAAGUUUGAAGAGCAGAUGGGGAAUUUGGUAGCGGAAAACCAUCGUCUAACCCGGGACAAGGGUGAUAUGCAGAAGCAGCUGGAUGAAAUGAAUUCCCGCUUGGUGCGCCUCCAGGAGAACAAUGAAACCCUACAGAGUCGCCUGGCAACAACAGAGGAUCGGUUAAUAAGCUUGAAAUCCGGAAAGGGUGAUAUAGGGCCUGGCGCAAAAGGGAUCGAAUCGAAAUAUCGCCAACAAGAAGAGGUCAUUGCGAACUAUGAGGAGAGAUUGAACUCAACCCAAUCCGAGGUUGAUACGUUACGCAUGACCGCGGAGUCCCUCCGGGCUAAAGCUGAGCGCGUUCAGAGCCUUCAGGAUGACUACGACGUACUUAGAAGGGAAAGAGACCAGCUUUCCCGAAAAGCCAAUGCGGCGGAAAAGUAUCGCCAAAAGUUGCAGGCCAGCCAGGACUUUGAGAAGGAGAACCAAUCCCUCAAGAACCAGAUUCAAGAUCUCCAGCAGCAGCUCAAGGAAGCUGAUUCGCAGCAAAGGUGGACCUCAGAGCACGAGAUUGAAUUAGAAGAAUAUAGGCGCAUCCUACCUCGGAUUGAACAGGAGUGCAGCGAAAUACAGAACUUGAAGAAACAGCUUGAAUUCAACAACCACGCCCUGACAGAGCGACUACGCAGUGCAGAAGAACAGCACGAGCGGGAUGAUGCGCUAAUCGGUGAGCUGAGGGAGCGAAUCCGGGACUAUGAAGGUUCUCCGGGUAGUCCGUCUCUUACUCCAGGCAGCACAACACCAAGGCUACAAGGAAAUCUACAAAAAGAUUUCGAAGCCUUGGGGGUUAAAGAGUCGAACCUGUGCGGCCUAUCACCUAACCCCACAUUGUCCGACCUUUCACUAACCGGUUACAGAAAAUCCGAGGCCGAUGAUUCAAGAAAGGAAGUGGAAUCUUUGAAAGAGCAGCCGAGAUCUGUACGGUUCACUCCUCGACACAAUACUUUUAAUCGCCGAUUAGCUGACGAAAACCAGAGUUCCCCUCCAAUUGAUGGCUUCUCGGAAGCCUUUGCAGAAACAUUACGGCUUUCUAAAGCCGGUUCUUCUCAAGGUGAUGAAUACUGGAGACUGUAUGACCAGUACACAUCGACUGUCAAGAAGCUGGCGGAAGUUCAGGACAGCCUCGAUGCGAGCAGGAAGACGCUCCAAGAUACAUUGGCGGACGUAUCCCUCGCCGGCAAGGAGAAGCUCGACUUGAUCAGCGAAGUCAAAGAAGCCUGUAGAACUGAAACGGACGAUAUGCGCACGGACCUACGCGAAGCCACAGACCGGAUUUCUGACCUCCAAACUGAACUCAACGCUACUCAUACAUUGACUGGCAUAGUCUGUCAUGAGCGGGAUGAUCUUCGAAAGAUGCUUGAUCAGAACCAGGCGGAACUGCGUGCGGAAGAUCAAGAGGCUGCCGAAGAGAUGAAGAGGCUGCUUGCAGAACUUACUGCACAAGACGGCGGCGUUGAGAAUGAAGCUUCGCAGAAGUCCGUCGUGGAACUCAUAAAACAAGUUGCCCAGCAAAUUGAGAACAAUCUAGAAAGGCUUGCGAAGCGUGCAGAGUACAUCCACCAACAAAACGAACACAUCAAAUUUCUCCAAGACCGAAUAAGCCAACUAGAAGAAGAAGCAUCUGCUGCAGCUGCCAACAACACAGAGGAUAGCAUCACCAAAGAGCGAGAGCUCGAGCUUCAAAAGCAAAUCGAUGCUUUAACCCGUGAGAUCGCACUCAUGGGCUCCUCAUGGUACGAGCUGCAAAGCAAACUCCAUAAUAACGCCAAUGUCACUAUUUCCAGGUACCGGUAUAGUCCGGCUAGCUUAGCAGAUGCCCAGAAGGGCUGGCUAGCUAGACAAAGAAGCGCAGUCGCUGGUCGAUAG